GAUCUUUGACGGACAUGAAUCAUGCCGCAGCGACGCCGCGUGUGAAGUUCCGGCAGCACCGUCUGCUUCCAUCAGGAUGUAUGCAACGGAAGGGAUUCAACAACCUGCAUGUUGUUGGCGGGGACGUGAACGGAAAGUACUUUGCCUUCUGCUCCACUCUCGCCGUCUACGUGUACGACAUCACGUCGUUCCAGCUGCACCGGUUGCUCUCGACGGCAGACAACCUCGCGGGGCUGGCGUGGUGCUCGUCUCCUCAGCACGGCCAUUGGCUCGCAACAGUGAGCCUCUCGCAGAAGGUAGUGCUGUACGACGUCGAGACUGAGCAGAUCCUGUACCACUUGCUCCUGCCAUACCACCCCGUGUCCUUUCAGUGGCACCCGUCGUCGCUUCAGCUUGUCGUGGCCACGUCUGACCCGAGCGGGAAAACGUCGGCGGCGUCGACGCUAGUCGGGUGGACCAUCGACCACACCAAUAGAUCCACAUCAGUCACGACACUCCAGCGUGGCAACACUGGCAUGCUAGCCAGUCCGAGCGCUAUCACCGUGAUUCGGUUCAACACUGCUGGCACGUUGGCUAUUGGGUUCGAGAACGGCAACCUCGCCAUUUACACUGCCAAAUCCCCCACCCUGCGCCUUCUAGACAAGAAGAAAAUGUCCAAGAAGCAAUCGACAGGAGCCCCACCUGGCAGCCCCACUGCCAACGCCAUCAUCGACUUGCAGUGGGAUCCAUUGUCGACGAUCUACCUCCUCAUAGCCACACGAGAUGGACACUGCGCACUGUGGGAGGUCACCGACGAUACUGGCACGCCGCUGCACACGUUCGACAAGCAAGGCUCGGGCACGUCCGCCGUAGCAUGGCUGCCGUGGGGCUCGGGGCUGUUCGUCACAGCCAACGCCCGCACCGGCAACCUAAAGCUGUGGAACGUGUCACAGUCCACCCCCCUGGAGCACGUUCGUGUGCGCCCAUCGGGGAUCGGCAUCCACGCCUUGGCCUUGUUGCCGUCCACGCAGCACGUUUUAUGCGCGUCCAGUGACGGCUCCGUCGCGUUGUACCACGUUCCAAGGCGACAAUUAGCUUGGCAAAGUCAGGCAGGCCACAAAGAGACCAUCUUCGAUCUGCGCUUUCAGCCACAGUCGGCCCAAGUCCUCGCUACAUGUGGCCACGACGGCGCUGUCCGGGUGUGGAAUACCAGCACCAUGGAGUGCACCCACCACCUCCAGCCUCAAGACGUCGGCGGCAUCGCGUACAGCGUCGCAUGGUCCCCUUCGAACGCCAACCGCCUCGUGUCUGCGUCGUCGUUGGGGACGGUGUACGUGUGGGACCUGGCGGGGACAUUGGCGCCGGCGUCGCAGCUCACGCAUCACACGGAUGCCGUCUACUGCGUGGCGUGGCGGCAACCAAGUGCCAAUAAUGCCAAGUCUAUGCUCGCGUCUUCGUCAAAAGACAAGUCGGUCGUGAUCUUCUACGACGCUGUUACUUCGUCGGCAUCGCCUUCGCGAGAGGCGGGUCAUUUGCCGCUGUACAUUGUGCGGCGCUACGGGCUUCCUUGUUCGGCCUAUGGAUGCGCAUGGCAGCCUGGGAACAGCGGCGUGCUGGCAGUUGGGGGGGGCGAUCACGUGGUUCGCCUCUUUGACGUGGACAACACCGACAUGGACACCCCCCUGCGGGUUCUCGCUGCCCACGAGGCGCGGGUGUUCCAUACAGUGUGGUCCCCCCAUCAAUCUACCCACGCGUGGCUGGCCACCAGUUCGGACGACUGCACGGUGCGCGUGUGGACGUUGCCUCCUCCCAAGGGCCUCCAGGCGCCGCCGCCGCCGAGGGGGGAGGGGGGGCGAACGGAGGCAAAGGAGUCAAAAGACGCCGACGAGGCUGCCGUGGUACCGUACGUGACGUUGAAAGGACACUCCAACUUUGUGCGUGCACUUGUAUGGAGUAGUUCCCCCUCUACGAAUAAUAGUAGUAGUAGCAGUCGUCGUCACAACACCACACGUCAAAAGCAACAACGUGGCGACGACCAAGCAGCCGACGGGGGCAACGACGAUACUGCAGAACGGCCAUCGCACUGCUCGCAACCGUGGUCCAGAACUCCGCCGCCAUUGCUGCUGAGCGGGAGCUGGGACGGCACGAUUCGUAUUUGGGACGUGGAGCGACGGGAGUGUUGCGUGGUGGUGUCGGAUCACUUGGCGGACGUGUACGGCAUCGCCACGCACCCGCAGGCCCCGAGCGUGUUUGUGUCGUGCUCGAGGGACACCACCGUGAGGUUCUGGGGGCUCACGACGUCAGCCACCGACCAGGUCGUGCUGCAGAUGAUGCUGCAGAUGACAUCAGCAUCCUCCUCGAGGGAAGAAAUGGCCGAGUUGGCCGCCGUAGUGGCCGCGCAGUCGAGUGCUGCGAGCAGUGGCGUGACCAAUCUCAUGGCGCUGUUGCAAGAGAACAACAUGGGGGGUACUAAGGGGAGUCCAUCGGCAGUUAAGCCGGCGAAGUCGACGACAACUACCGCGACGAUGGUCGUGCCAGCCGAAGGACAACUGCUGGCGGUGGCCUUGGAGCAUGCGCGGCGGCUCGAAUGUGGCCACGGACGUCGAUCGAAACCCACCAAGUUGAACCAACGCGAUGCCGUGCGAGAGGCUGCGACACAGUAUCUCAAGGCUGGCGCUGUCCAAAAGUACUGCCAAUUACUCGUCGAAGUGGAGGACUGGGAGGCUGCGUUGGCGAUGGCGCCGGUCGUGUCGAUAGAGUUCUGGCGGCAACUGGCGGCCAAGUAUGCCGAUGUUUUGCAGGCAAAGCAAGACGAGUCUGCUGUGAUGUACUACUUGGCAACGCACCAAGUCGCCAAAGCAGUCGAUGUGUUGCAAGGACGCGGGCAGUUCAACGACGCAUGUGUGGUAGCUAAAGCGCACCCUAGGAUUCACGGCGUAGUAGCGGCGACCCCCCCCGUUUCGGGAUCUCUGGACUGUGGCACCGUGACCUUCCCCCCUGUUUCGUCCCCAUCCCCCCCUUUUGAAACAGCUAGCCCCAAACCAAAGGCGAUGUUGACCACUCGUUUCAAUACCGUCGACGAUCAAGUCAAAGACGUUGAAGAUGACAACUGUUCGACCCCCAACGCAAACAAGUCGGCGCACGAAGUAGCUGGAACACGUUUGCUACACAAGACGUUCACGUGGCUGGCAGAUUUGUACUCGGAUCGAGGUGAGCCGGUGCUGGCGGCGUGCUGCCAUUUGGCUGUAGCCCAAGUCCUCGACGCCAUCGAUCGAUUAGUUCGAGGCGACGAACUCGAGCUGGCGUGGAUGUUGAGUCGAUGGUACGAUCUGAAGCCAUCCGACGUGUUGGUGGCGGCGGUGGUCGGGCGCUGCGAAGUGCUGGGCGAUGGAGCGUUGGCUCUUUCGUUUGCAAACUUGAUGGCAUGUCCUGAGAAAGAAAUGGCGCUGGUGUACGUCCGGUUGAACCGACCGAAGGAGCUGCAAGAAUUGGCUCAAGUUGCUAACGUUGAAAAGCUCGAAGACUCGUUGGAGGCGUUUGUUUCUACGUGCCAGGUCGUUGAAGCCAUUCAAACGUGUUUGGUGUUGGACCGGGUGCCUCAGGCGAUUGAGAUGGCCACAACACAUCUGCAAGCUGCGUUGAGUACGUCGUCGCUGUCGGUGGCGUCCUCGCCGACAGUGUCGCAGAAGCAGCUCCUCUUGGACGUCACGUAUGUUCUCCGGUCCAGCGACCUCUCCCAAGUCGACACCAAACCGAGAGCUAUGACGUUGGCUUACAUGGCGCUGGCAGGAGCGCUGCGAGCUAUGGACGCGCGGUACCCUCUUGUGUUGGUGUCAUACUUGAUGCAACUGGUACACACCCAAGUCCACAGCUACAACGUCCCGUUUCCAGUCGCGAUGACCAAGCUGUUGCUUCUGGAAGCCCAAUAUGCCAGUCGCAUCGAUAUCGCCAAAGCAUCGUUACUUGUCACGCAACUGUCGGCCAACAUCUCCAAGGACGAAACAACUCGACUGGAGGAUGGCGAUUUCUGUGACGAGGUUGAGGCCUUGCAGCGACACGUACAAGCCCAGCCACGAGAUCGUUGGCUCAACCAUGCAUACACGACUGGCGCCGUGGUUGUGUCGGGAGCCAAGUUGCCGUCCGCGGGACAGACGCGCAAUCCCAUCGUGUCCAUUUUAACCGGCGAGGUGGUUCAUGGCCCGUUCGUCCGGCUCGAAGACGAAGUGUCGGCGCUGACGCUGGAGGAAGCCAUCAUGUGGCAUCGCGUCAACCCGUUCUCGCCCCUCUGCACAGGCGACAAGUUGCGAUUUGAUUGAAAAUCGACAUCAAAAUACAAUUCUGAACGUACACUACCCGUACACUACCC